GAGAAGAUAUUCUGGGACACCGUUGCCAGCACCUCCGUUUGGGACUUUAUUCCUCCAGCAGCACUCUGCGUUUCACCCUGCGCCUCUUAACGGAGACGGAUUCCUACCGUGGCAAGCUGGCGGGAGUAUGGUGUUCUGAUUAGACGUCGGGAGAGGGCAGGAACCGCCGGUUCCGUCACGGUUCUCUUCACACCACCACAGGGGCCUGCCAGGCGCGGGAGUCGUCUGCCUCCCCCUGUAGUAAUUGGUCUGAGCAGCGGGACGGGGCGAGGCAGAUGCAUGCCCUACUCAGACAGCUUGUAGACAUGGGCCAGGAGCAAGCCAAGCAGCAGAUUGAGAAAGGUCUGAAACUGUACCAGUCCAACCAGAGGGAGAAGGCCUUGGAAGUGUGGAAGAAAGUACUGGAGAAGAACACAGACCCCGGAGGGAAGUUUCGUGUGUUGGGCUGUCUGAUCACCGCGCACUCAGAGUUUGGAAUGUACAAGGAGAUGCUAAAGUAUGCUCUGGCACAGAUCGACACCGCCAGAGACAUGGAGGACCCCGACUACCUGACGGAAGGAUACCUGAAUUUGGCACGCAGCAACGAGAAGCUGUGUGACUACCAGAACACCAUCUCCUACUGCAAGACCUGCCUGAACAUGCAGGGCACCACGGUGAGCCUGCAGCUCAAUGGUCAGGUGUGCCUGAGCAUGGGCAACGCUUACCUGGGCCUCAGCUGCUUCCAGAAGGCCCUGGAGAGCUACGAGAAGGCCCUGCGCUAUGCGCACAACAACGACGACAAGAUGCUGGAGUGCAGGGUCUGCUGCAGUCUGGGGAGCUUCUAUGUCGCUCUCAAGGAUUACGAGAAGGCCCUCUUCUUUCCUUGUAAAGCGGCAGAGCUGGUGAACGACUACGGCAAGGGCUGGAGUCUGAAGUACCGGGCCAUGAGCCAGUACCACAUGUCUGUGGCCUACCGGAAACUGGACCGCCUGCCUGACGCCAUGGAGUGCUGUGAGGAGUCCAUGAAGAUUGCCCUUCAGCACGAGGAUCGACCACUGCAGGCUCUGUGCUUGCUGAACUUUGCUGACAUCCACCGCUGCAGAAAUGACGCGGAUAGGGCAUUUCCUAGAUACGAGUCCUCCAUGUGCAUCAUGAUCGACAUUGGUAACAGGCUGGGACAGGCAACCAUCUACCUGAACGUGGGCAAGUGCUGGAUCCUGCAGAAGGAACUAGACAAGGCUCUGGACUCAUUGCAGAGAGCAGAAGAUGUGGCAGAAUCAGUGGGGAAUAAGCUGAUUGUGUUGAAAACGCACUCUCUGCGUGAGGGCAUCUACCGGGGCCGCGAGCAGCAGGACGAGCUGAGGGAGCAGGUGGUGAAGUUCCUGCAGCACGUGGAGGAGCUGGAACUCUACUGUGGCAUGUGCGGAGAGUCCAUCGGAGAGAGGAACCAGCAGCUGCAGGCCCUGCCCUGCUCCCACGUCUACCACCUCAAGUGCCUACAGACGAACGGAACUAAAGGUUGCCCACGGUGCCGUAGUGCGUCCAUGAAACCUGGCUUUGUCUGAGCUCCCAUCAGGAGUCCUGUUCUGGAAUAAGAGCCAUACGGGGACUUCCUCUCUCCAGAUCAGCCUGCAGGAGUGAGACGUCACGGAGGGAUGUUGUCAUACUUUUCCUCCUCCACCGACGCCACCACAGUCAAGAACGUCUGUGGGUUCUGUAGCUGUAGAGUAGAACCUCAACUAACAUUGUUUACGUGAUGGCAAAACCACAAACACACACAAUGCUCCAAGUCAUCCCUCUGCUGAAAACUCUGAGAGCUCCCCUGGAGUGCCAGCAGGUGUCUUCAGGGGGAGCUUGACGAGUGGACCCCUUUUCGAGUUGGGAGUUCUCGCUGUGGAAGAUGGAUGGGCUCGGCUGAAGGAACAGACGUCAGUAAACCCAACUGUCCAAACUCUCACUCUUCCCCUCACUGGAGCUUUUCUUUCGUCCUUUCUUUCUGGGCCUCAGCUGGUGAAAGAAUGUUUCUACUGACAGUGAUGUUCUCAGCUGGUUUAUAGCUGAAGUGCAAGGACUAUACAAAGCUUAUGUGACUUGUGCAGUAUGGGGAAAUGAACCGUCAGCUGUAUCCAGUUCAAACUUACGAUAGCAUUCUUUAUCAUGGAGUCGGCCACAUCUGGCCAAGAACAACCCUCUGCAACCACAAACUGACCAUGUUUACCAUUCUCUGUGCCACUACCCCCUCAUAUUAUAAUAUUGUAAUAUGAGAUGUCUUCAUUUAAUGAAGUUUAGUUCAUUCAUAACUUGUCUUUUACCCAACCGUUAUAGUUACUAUGCUACACAGUACACACUUUGUAAUUUGUGGUGCUUACAGAUAUGAUGUUUGUAUUAAUUUGCUCCUUGGUGAUGAACAAGUUUAAUGCAAUGAUAUUACUGUAUUCCAAUAACAACCCAUUUCAUUAUUUUAUUUGUUACAGAAAUAUAUUGUUACUUUAUUUAGGUGUAAUAUGGAAUAUUACUGUACACCAAAAUGACAGUUUUCCUUUGCCCCUUUUCUGUUGUAGAAAGCGGAAAGGUACUGUUACUUUAUUUUGGCCUAACAGCCUAACCUAUCUCUGUCUCUAGAUCCUAUGCAACUCCAUCAGCUACAACUCGCUGAAACAAGAAUGUACUACAGCUCUG